UCCAUGGCCCUCACAGAGCCAUCGCAGGUGCGCCACAACUAUCACCCGGAAUGCGAGGCCGCCAUCAACAGCCAGAUCCAGUUGCAGCUGUAUGCCUCCUACGUGUACCUGUCCAUGGCCUUCUACUGUGACCGCCACGAAGUGGCCCUGGAGCACUUCUCCAGCUUCUUUCUGCAUCGUUCGCAUGAGUGGAGAGAUCGUGCUGAGAAGUUGAUGGCGCUGCAGAACCAGCGUGGAGGCCGUGUCCACCUCCAUAACAUCACCAAGCCUGAUCGUGACGACUGGCAGAGCGGCCUCCAGGCCAUGGAGUGUGCCCUGCACCUGGAGAAGAAUAUAAACCAGAGCCUCCUGGAGCUGCACCGCCUGGGCACUGAAAAGGGGGACCCCCACCUCUGUCACUUCCUGCAGCGCCACUUUCUGCAUCAGCAGGUCUUGAUCAUCCGUGAGCUGGGCGACUACCUGACCAACCUGUGCAGGAUGGAGGCCCGAGAAGACCACCUGGCUGAAUUCUUCUUUGACUGGCUCACCCUGGGCCACAGCCACCACAACAACUGA